UAUAUAAAUUCGUCCCACGUCGCGUCACACAUCUAUCGGUCCCCCGCCUCUAUCCUUUCUCUCCGCACAAGGUGCCCCUGCCGCCCAGCCGCCAUGAGGAAGCCGACCCGACGACGAGGAACCUCAGCGAAAGGCAGCUCCGGCGGCGGUAUCAGUAAGGCGGCAACACUGCCGGCGAAGCAGAUGGUCUUGUCCGGCUACCGUGGCACCGUAGACGCGUUUGACUGCCUCCCCGACGACCUCGUGCUCGCCGUGUUAGCCGGCAUCGCGGCGCGCGCCCGGUGCCCCGCCGACCUCGCUGCGGCGGCGCUACCGUGCAGGAGGUUCCGGGACCUCGCGGCGCACCCCGCCGUGCUGUCGCGUGCGUCGGCGGCGGCCGUCGCCGUGCCCGCGGGAAGGUGGUCGGAUGCGGCGCACCGGUUCUUGCGGCGGUGCGCGGCCUCCGGCAACCUCCACGCCUGCUACCUACUCGGCAUGGUAUGUAACCGACCGACCGACGACCUCCGCACUCUUCUGCUUCUUGGAACUGCCAAUUCGUUCCUCUGUUUCCUGAGCCAUGGUAUCUAUCUGUCUGUGUCGCGUGCGGCUGUUGAUGAUUCCAGGUGCUGUUCUACUGUAUCGGGGGCAGAGCGACGGGGGCGGCGCUACUGGCGCGCUCGGCGGCGGGCGGGCACGCGGCGGCGCUGUACGCGCUCGCCGUGGUGCAGUUCAACGGCAGUGGCGGCGACAAGGCGGACAAGGACCCCCGCGCGGGCGUGGCGCUGUGCGCGCGGGCCGCGUGGCUCGGCCACGUCCCUGCGCUCCGCGAGCUCGGCCACUGCCUCCAGGACGGCUACGGCGCGCGCCGCGCCGCCGCAACCGGACGCUACUUCCUGCUCCACGCCGCCGCACGCGAGCUCGUCUCCUCGCACUGCCGAAACGGCGAAGACGACGCUGCCAGCAGGUUCAUGGUGGAGUGGUGGGCGCUGCCCUCCAAGACAGGAGCACAAGGCGACGGCAACGACGCCGACGCCGACGCGCGCCUGUGCUCGCACCCGCGGUGCGGGCGGCGGGAGACGCGGCGGCACGAGUUCCGUCAGUGCUCGGCGUGCGGGUCCGCCAUCUACUGCUCGCGCGCGUGCCAGGCGCUCCAUUGGAAGCGCGCGCACCGUAGCCAGUGCGCGGCCGCUGCUAGCCGGUGGCUCGCCGCCGGGAACGCGCAGUGAACGUACGCUGGCCGGCUGGUCUACGCAACGCGAACGUUGCGCAUGUACGUAACUUGUGAAUAGUAGUAGUAGUACUAGGUAGUGCCACUACUACAUGUUGCCAUGUUGGUAGCUAGCUUUCAUUUCUUGCGUUAAUGCAAGGUUAAUUAAACUAGGUGAUUGCAUUUAUUUUGUAAUUUUUGGAUCAAUCAGUUGUUUGGGAUAAUGGUUGGAGACUUUGUUUGGAUUUUAA